AACGACUGUGUGCGACACUGCUGUGCUGUGCGGCGGUCGGUGAACUUUGCUGUGACCGCAGACGGUGCUGGCCUGGCGUGCAGCUUUUCUCGGUGCUGCGGUGCUGUGCGCCGUGACCGUGCGGUCAGGGUGGAGGGGUCGGAGGAGGACAUGAAGACCCACGUGGACUGCACGUGCUACUUUCGCUUCGACCAUCUGGACUCGGCCGAAGACAGCGCCAGGAGCGAGGGCAUCAUGUCGGCGCCGCCUUUGUCCCCAGAUGUCGUCAUCAGUGUGGACAGCGCGGUCAACAUGAAAGGUAAAGGGAGAGUUGGAAUGAAGGACUUUGAACUGCUUAGGGUGCUUGGAACAGGAGCAUAUGGCAAGGUGUUCCUGGUGCGCAAAGUUGGUGGCAUUGAUGCUGGUAAGCUGUAUGCUUUGAAGCAGUUGAAGAAAGCAAGCAUCGUUCCCAAGACCAAAACCACAGAGCAUACCAUCACAGAACGACAAGUGCUUGAGGCGAUCAGGGACUCACCAUUUCUGGUCACACUGCAUUAUGCCUUCCAGACUGAUGCCAAGUUGAACUUGAUUCUUGAUUAUGUCAAUGGAGGAGAAAUGUUUACUCAUCUGUAUCAGCGUGAGCACUUCAAGGAGAGUGAGGUCAGGAUCUAUGUGGGUGAAAUCGUGCUAGCCCUAGAAACACUGCAUAAUCUGGGUAUUAUAUACCGGGACAUCAAGUUGGAGAAUAUUCUUUUGGAUUCUUCUGGUCAUAUCGUGCUGACAGACUUUGGCCUUAGUAAAGAGUUUCUCACUUCUGAAGAAAAUCAAAGGACAUACUCAUUCUGUGGAACCAUUGAGUACAUGGCACCUGAGGUGGUCAAAGGUAGUUCAGGCCAUGACUAUGCUGUUGACUGGUGGUCAUUGGGGGUAUUAACUUAUGAACUGCUUACUGGUGCCUCUCCUUUUACUGUGGAUGGAGAAAAAAAUUCACAGUCAGAAGUAUCAAAACGCAUCCUGAACAACAACCCACCAUAUCCUGAAACAUUUUCACCAGAGGUGAAGGACUUCAUUAAGUCCCUGCUGAUAAAGGACCCACGCAAAAGGCUUGGUGCUCGGGGAGUGUUUGAGGUGAAAAAGCAUCGUUUCUUCAGGGGACUUAACUGGGAUGACCUGGCACAAAAAAAGAUUCCAGCACCUUUUGUCCCCCAGAUUCGCAGUGAAUUAGAUGUUAGUAACUUUUCAGAGGAGUUCACCAACAUGACUCCGACAGAAUCACCUGCCAUUGUGCCUGAUAUGGGGAAUAAGCUUUUUAAGGGUUAUUCCUAUGUUGCACCAUCCAUAAUAUUCUCUGAGAACACCAUCAGCAGCAACCUACUGGCAGCCACCAAAGAGCAUCAACCAGACGAGUCUUUGCUACAGUGUACCACUCACUUCAAGAACUCGGCUUUCUUCCAACACUAUGAUAUUGAUCUUAAAGGCCCCGCUCUGGGAGAUGGCACUUAUUCUAUAUGCAGGAAGUGUAGACAUAAGAAAACUAAUCUCCAGUAUGCUGUGAAGAUUGUCAGCCACCGACGCACAAGCUGUCAUCGUGAAGUACAGCUGCUUAGACAGUGUCAAGGUCAUCCAAAUAUUGUCACACUCAUUGAUGUCUAUACUGAUGAGCUUCAUUGUUAUAUCGUCAUGGAGCUACUCAAGGGGGGAGAACUAUUGAGUCGAAUUAAGAAGAAGAAGUUCUUCACAGAAACAGAAGCAAGUGAGAUCAUGGGCAAGUUGGUCAAGGCAGUGGAAUUCAUGCACAGCCGUGGGGUGGUGCAUCGAGAUCUUAAACCAGAGAACCUGAUCUUUGAAGACAUGUCCGAUAGAGCAGAGCUAAAGGUUGUGGACUUUGGUUUUGCCACUGUCAACCCAGAAAACCAGACACUGAUGACCCCAUGUUUCACAUUGCCUUACUCUGCUCCUGAAGUUCUGCGACAGAUGACUAACCGGGAGACAGGAUAUGACGAGUCUUGUGAUCUCUGGAGUAUGGGUGUCAUACUGUACACAAUGCUGUCUGGCCGAGCACCAUUCCAAGACCACAACAAAGAAGAAUCAGCAGAAACUAUAAUGCAACGCAUUCGUGGUGGGGAGUUUGACAUGUCAGGGCCUGAGUGGAGUUCAGUGUCAGAGGCUGCCAAAGAUCUCAUUCAAGGUUUGCUGACAGUUGAACCAUCAAGAAGGUUACAGAUGAAAGAUGUUCAAAGGCACAGGUGGUUGCAUGCCAGUCAAGGGGGACAAGCAGGUCAUACCCCUUUGCGAACACCAGGUGUGCUAUCCUCCUGCAGUACAGUCAGCUACCAACUGUCAGCCACAUUAGAUGCAUUUCAUCAGGCCACUCGGGAAGGAUUGCGUCUACAAGAUGUGUCAGCAGCUCCUCUGGCUAAGCGAAGAAAACUGAAGAAGAACUCCUUUGACAACAGGAGCUCCUCCACAGAUUCCAACAACUCCACCUCCACAAAUUCGUCCAGCGGUGUUACACAGUCACCUGUGCGCCAGUCCCCAGUGCGAACCUUUUCCAAUGCCUCCAGUACCUCCCAAGGCUCCACAGGCUUUGUCCCCAGCAGAGCCUCACCCCACUGCCAGCGAGGGGGUGACCUUAGGGUGUCCCCACUUGUGCAAACAGAAUCUGUGGAGCCUGUCGUCAUUGAAGACCUUGUUGGUGUCGAGGACCAGCUGGAGGCAAGGAUUUCUCCUAUCUCAGUGUUGGCAGAGGAUUCAAGUUUAGACAUCAUCAGAGUGCCAUCUGGAAGCUGUGAGGACUUGCCAGGUGUCACCAUGGGCAUAAAAAGAAAAGCAGACACUAGUUGUGAAGAUGAUGAUGAAUUGUCUGAUGAUGAUUGUGUCAUCAUUGCUUCACCAUCAGCUUUCACUCCGACAGACAGAGCCAACAAUAACCGGUCAAGAGUCAAGGUGCCAAAAUGGACAGGGACCAUUGUUAUAGAUGACUGAUCAAGUCAGUAAUAGUGAUAUUUUGUUUUUGUUUGUGGUGUUAGCUCUUCGGCAUCAGCUGUUUGGCUUGGUGCACAGCUUCAUUGUGGGGUGGGGUGGGAGUGGAUCCUAACUGGCUUUUUAAAUAAUAGCCAUCGUCUGCCUCAUCUUUUGUAGCCAAGUGUUUGCAGAAACUGAACUACUUGCUUUUGUUAGCAAUUUUGGAUUGCUAAAAGAGGCAUCAAAGUUUUGCUUAGAUUGCAGAUCAUCUCCUUUGUUCUUAUACAUACUUGAGUGGCAGCUUUCUUGGAUACUGUUAGGGCAAAGAGUGUGUGAUAUCCUUCCAAAUGGAGCAGAUUGUGUAAUAUCAUCUUGACUUUCUUCUUUCACAUUUUUCUUAUGGUCAAGUGACAUGAUGCACCAACUAAUAAACUAAAUGGCAAAACAAACAAUAGGACCUAGUACUGAAAAUAGUCUACUUUCCUUUCAAAAAAAAGUGUGGCAAAUACAGUGAAGGCAAAUUAUUGGGAUAUGUUUAUCAGCUGUGCUUAUGAUGAGCUUUAUUACGAUCAGUAAAUUAUCCUUCACCUUUCUUGCCAAGACUGAACUGUCACAAGGCAUAGUUACUUCUGAUUCAUUUUAUUAAUUUUUUAUUUGUUUUUGCAGACUACAUGCUUCAGUCAUUCAGUUUCAAAACUUACACAUACACACUUUCUAAUAGUUGGCCAAGAUAACAGCUUUUAUUGAUUUUGGCCUGAAUUCGUGUCGCUGUAAUUUAUUUGUUAACGUCAAGCAGUGUGGGUCUUUCGCACUUGCAAAGCAGCCACUGCACAGCAUGCAGUAGUGUUGGUCAUUCCAUUCAGUGGUGUAGAUAUGAAAGGUUCUGUCACCUUCCCCCUCUCACCCUUUCUUCAGACAUCAGAUCCCACUUGUUCCAAGAUCCCCUGGAUGCCUCAAGUAUCAUAGACCAAUAAGAUAUAACACAGAGUUAACAAGGAGUGUGUUACUUUUGUGGCCUCUUUACCUGAGGUUCUUGAAAUCACAGACCUCAGGUUAAAGAGAAAAAGAGGUGUUGGUGUGCAUACCGUCUUAUUCAUCGCUGUAUGGAAGAUACGAAGUAUGCAUUCUCCCUGACAUUCUUAUCCCUAAAAUUGCGUCAUUGUGUGGGAGCAGAACCAAACAAGAUUUUAUUGGUGCUGAUGGUCUGGGAAUAAACUUUCCUUGUAAUUUUAUCAUUCCAUUGCAGGGAUGAUUGUCACUUUCCAGUGUCAAGCUAUUAGCAGCUAGCUGCAAGAGUCGAUAAUAUUGUAGCUGUUGUAAUAUUUGAGAAGUGUACUAAUUUAUCCACUUUGUGAUACAAACUGUUUCUAGCUAUAAAAGUCAUAUUAAGACUUUGGCAGGCUGAUGAGUACUUUUUACUUCUACAUUCAAAACUUUACAACUUUCAGCAGUUCCCUGAAAGAAAUACCACCCAACUGACUUGUGCUAUUCAAAUUCCAAACUAAUCAGAAGAAAACUUGUAUUUAUUUCUUUUUGGCACAAGAAAUAAUCAUUUGGUCAUGCCAAGAUGUUGAUGUGCUCAAAUCAUGUACAGUCAUAGCGUCUCUCUUUUUUAAAAGCAAGUAAGCUGUGACUUCACAUGCUGGUGUCUUCUUUGGUGACACCUAAAUAAUUGCUGAGAGCAAAACCACAGCUAGGUUUCUAGCCUAUGAACAUAUCUUUGAGUAUUAAUGGUCUGCUUGCUCCCCUGACCACAAACUGCAAAAGCAGUAAUAAAUGAUGAGUUUUUCAAAGCUGUCUCCAAUUCACUAUGAAGUGUUUUACUGAUUUAUUAAUCCUUGAGUGAAACAUUUCUAUAAUUAAGACUACCAAUUAAGCCAGCUAUUUCAUGGAGUAGUCAGGUGACACCAGAAAUGAACCAAAGCUAUUUUUAUUAAAUUAUCGAGUCCCCUCCCCACAAUUUUUUUCUCUGUAUCAGCAGUUUGUGAUUGGUAUGUCUUGUAGCAGCCAGUUUAUUUCCAUGAAUCCCUGUGCAGUCUUGUUAAGUUUUCAUCUGUUUCAUGUGCUGUCUGAACAUUCCAUCCCAUGUUGUUGUUCCCUUGGGUGACAUUUUGUUAAAAGUUUGGCUAUUUUUUAAAACUGCUUCUCAAAAAGGUGUUCUAGUUUUCACAUCUUAUAAGUUUAUAUCCUUACCAUCCUUUGUGUAGUUUCUUUGUAAAGUUAGAAGAGUUUCUCUGGCUUUGCGCCUCUUUUCUUCUUUUGUUUGAAUAUUCUGUUUCAAGACCACAAGUAAACUUUAGUAGACACAGAGAUUAAAAAUAGCUAAAGCUGUGAUAUUCUUACCUUUUGAUGCUCAUCUUUGCUUUGUAAUACCACAGAUUACAUGCUUUAGAAAGAUGUCUUUCUCCCCCAGAACUCAGUUUCUGAGAUAAAUUAUGGUAGACUAGUAAUUUGGCAUAUUGGUAAACUGGAACAACAUGCAAAUCUCAUUUAGAAAGGUUUUCUCAGAUAUCUUUCUUCGUCACCUCAAAAUCGCCCUGUUGCCAUAAGUAUUUAAAUGAGCUAAAUUGUGGCUUAAAUGAAAUGUGUGAAAGUGACAACUCUUGCAACUCCAAAUUAGGAUUCUAAUUCCCCUUAUUUUCAUUCUCUCUCAUUGCUAUUGCCAUCUACUUAGGCUUCAAUGAUGGAUCAUGAGAUUUAUGUCCAGAGGACUCCCUUGUGGAUUAGUGCUGUGCAAGUUAAGCUGUCUAGAAAAAAGAUCUACCAGAUUGCCUGUGGCAGUGUUUGUGUUCCAUCAGUUUUAAAUCUGUCAGAAUUUACUGCAGAUGACCAGUGACUGGGCCGUUGAAAUGUUUUCUUUUCAGAAGAGAAUUUGUAGAUCAUGACACAUACUAAAGCUGCUAUAAUUUACUGCCAAUAUGAAAUUGUAUAAUUCUAUUUAUGAAAGUCUGCCUAAAUCGUACUAAUACUUGUACAGCUAUAUUUAUUACCUGACAAGAAUAUUGCUUAGAAAUACUUAACUCUACAAGCUUUCCUGUUUUGCAUAACCUUUUCAUACCUAUUUUUUCUAGAAUCAUUGUUUUCUUUACAUUGUGCAAAUGAAGCCACUGAAUUAUUUUCUGUGAUCUCAGUCAGAGUACUAACAAACUAAAGCUACACUGAGCACUGACUUUUCACAACUUGGAACCCUAUAAUAGCAAAACAUUUCAUUUCAGCUGGCUGCAGAAUAUUAGAACAAGUUAAAACUGACAACAGUGCAGAUCAUUGUACAUUAUUAAGUACAGUCACAAGUUGUACUCUGUUAUUGAUGAUAAAAUUUAGAUCGAUGUUGUACUGUUUUCAAAGAUAUUCUGUGCAUUUUCUGUAAAUUUUUUUUUUUUUUUUGGUCUGGGUUUUGUUUAUAACUUUAUUCGGUGGAAAAAAUUUUGUUGUGUGCAGAUGGUGUUAAUUGCACAGAUUUGUUUCAGAAUUACAAGAAAUUUUGUUGUCCAUUGAAAUGCAGUCAGCAGCAUUGUUAGGGGAAAAAGCUAAACUUGUUGAAGUCAGUGCCCUUGAACUUGAUCUGUGAUUGUCUUUUUGUGAUGCUGUGAUCCUGUCUAAAGCAGUGUCUUUCACCCUUGAACAAGAAUGUGGUCAUGCCUUCGUCUUUUGGCAGCAGUGGUGUUCCUGGCUUUUUCUUCCAGUCCUCUUUUGGGGUGACACAAUUGAACAUCUUGACAUCUAUCCCGAAUCACUGUUCAAAUUGUACAGAGGAUUGUCACCAUUGCUAAGUAUCAUAAACUCUUGGUGCAACAUGUAAACUUGGCCAACUAGGAAAGCAAUUUUACUUUCUCUUUCUCUGGUCUGUUAAGAACUAAGUCUUACAGAUUUUUACUGGUGGAGUUUUCAGUGUGGUUUUAUUCCUUCAGUAACUACAGCACUCUUUGCCACUUAAAAAUGUGAACUUUGUGGCUUCCCUUCAAAAACAAAAAAUCUAAAGUUAUAUUUUGUCGAAGGAAAUUGCUACUUUUAAAACUGGUAUUUUUCUGGAAUUUUGUGUACUUUGUGGAUGAUGGCAGUCAUUGUGGCCAAGUAAGCUGUGCUGAAUGAGGCUCAAUGUGUUGCAAAGUUUAUUCACAGAGAAAGGUGUGCAUAGCCUCCAACAAUCUGCAGGUAAAGAGUAGGUGCUUUCAAAUGGUGAUCUGAUAAUGUGUAAACCAAAGUCAUACUAAGAUUUGUGGAUUUCAGAGGUUGCCAGACAAUUUUGAAGAGGAGAGAAAACUUUCUUGGAGGAGAAUGUGUAGGUGGAUUAGAUGAUAGAACUACUUGAUUACAUAGGCCUGCUUAUUUAGUUAGCUUGUAGUGUUGUGCCUAACCCUAACCCUUAGUUUUUCAAAUAAAGCUGCUGUCCAUUUGGGAAUAGAGAAAUCUGACGUGCUGACAAGGGCAUAUCUGGAUUAAUCCUUACAAGGGCCACCCCUCCCCUUCAAAACAUGCAAACAAAACUACACUUUACAGGUGUUUUCCUCAUAAUUGUUGUUUUGCUGAUCACUCAUAUUGUGACCAAGGUACUAGUCGUGAUUGAAUGGCAAGUCUACAUCAGAUUAAACCUUAGUCAUUAGUACAUCUUCCUGUCUUGCUUGUACUCUGUUCUGAUAGCUGCAUCAUAAGUGUUACGAAAGAAUAUUUAGCAUUCAUUCUCUCCCUAUCCUCAUUAAAGGAACAAGUUAUACGGAUUGAUUGAACAGUGAAUAUGCUGUUUUUGCCUUGAAGUGUUUGGGGUUUUUUCUGCUUCCGAGUGGGCAUUCUAGUCAAAAAUAUCUAGAUUGUUCUGUUUAUUAGUGCUUGUCACAACUCCUAGCAUUCCCUUUGUACAAGUGUACUUUAUAAUAUGCAGGACUGGCAUCUGCCAGCUCUUUCUACUGUGUUAUCAAAGACCUUGUGAUGCUCUCCUGCUCUGGGUGACUGUGCUGAGCUGUUUUGUGGAAGAUGAGGCCGGGAGAUUGUUAACUUUUGUUGCUAGUGGUGCUGUGAAGAGCAAGGUGAUUGAUAUCUUCAAACCAGGGCAGAGACAGAGAGGGUCAGGAGGGAAGUUCCUUCCUGGAGUAUCAACUCUGGAGAAACCUGUAAGAUACCACAACAGUGCCACUAUUUUGACCCCAGGCUGUCGUGAUUGUGGCUUGCUCAUGGUGAUUUGAUAUUUCCACUUUUCACAGUCAGCCUUGUUGUCUUUGCUCGUUUAUUGUUAACUGGCCAGUGUCAAAUUAUCUCAAAUUGUCAUCGACGUAGCAGACUUUCCAGACUGGAAAUGGAGGUGGGUGAUGUCACAGCCAAACAGGUGAUAUUUAUCACUAUGGUUAUGUUUAGUUUUGAUGCUAUUAUGUUCUUUCUACAGCUGGAGUGACACAAAGCUCUAGCUGGUUGUAUUACAGGGAUUACGGUGUAAAAUUUAUUUUGAGAUCUUGGUCACAGUCGAAACUAAUGAAAUACUUUGCAGCUUCUUGAUCUGUAGUGGAAGGGUCAUGCAAUAACUUUUGUGAAGGUUGAGUUUGUUUUUUUAAAAAAAAUUUGGAGAAGAGGGGGGUUAAGAUUUUGAAAAUUUUUUUUUUUUAGUGUUUCGGUUUUCAUCACAAUAAAACAUUCAAGUUACUUCAUGACUAAAAUGGUUGUCAUAAGGAAUUUUAAAUUUUAACUGGUUUCAUGUUGUAGUGAUUCUACUAUUAAAAGUGAAAUGAUUGUAUGUGCUAUAUCUAUAUAAAUGCAGAUGUGCUUCAUACUGUUACACAAUUUUAAGCCUGAUCCGUGACAAAAAAUAUAAAAUUUUUAGCUCACCUUUUUAAAAAUGAUUGUAUAUAUCAGGAAAUGUUAAAAUGCCUACUGGUCAAAUAAAGAAACUUCACUAAUUUUA